AUGCGACGGGCAAGGGGGUGGAGAAGUGGAUCUUCGCGGCGUGCCACCACAGGGGGGUCCGCCACGCUUCGAGCAGCCGCGCGACAACGGAGGCGCUCUGGCCGCGGGGCUCUUGCCGGAGCGCGACCCGGCCCCGAGGAGCCAGGCCUCGAAGAGAGUGGAGAGGCUGGCGUGCUGGCGGCCGCGACGUGCUCGAGCCUGCCGGCGGCCGCGUGGGAGGGCGCCCUGGCGGCCAUGGCCGUGUGCGGCGUGUUCGCGCCCGUGCUCGCCCUGUCACUGGUGCCGCGCGUCGCGGACGAGCCAGGGUGCGCCUACGGCGCCCUGGACAGCCUGAAGAGCCUCACGCAGGCGGCGGCCACGCUGGCGCUGGGCGAACUGCGGGAGGCGGGCGGCUACAGCCUCGCGCUCGCGUGCUGCUGCGGCGUGCUGGCGGCCGCCGCGGCGCUCGCAGUGGCGCUGGCGAGGGGCGCGGGCAGCCCGGCAGCGGCGCCGAAGGUGGCGCACGAGGACUUGUGCUCGGCCAGGACCUGUGCCCAGAGCUGUGCCCAGAAGACCAGCGCCGCAGCGCUGGUGGCGGCGGGCGUCUGA